AUUCAUGAAGGUGUGCAUUAAACCUGUCAUGUCGAUUUAACAACUAGUGUUUCCAAGUUUGCGACCUCAUGCUUACAACCAGUACAUAUAGAGGCAUAGAGCAUACCCAAGCCUUAUCAGAUGUCAUCGUAGUUACAUUGAGCAUUUCUGCUUGCCACGUCAAGGUGGAGAGAAACAACACCGAGCUGCUGUCCAUGGACGAUUUACUCUCGCCGUACUCCUCCUUCCUUCCACCCUCGCCGUGCUCCAAACUCUCCACCGUCCACGAACAGCAACUUGAGUUCGUAUCCCAGGAUCUUCCCGAACCAUGGCUGUUCGACGGCAGCAUGAUGUCCAACAAAGCGGACAGUGAGCUGUGGCCUAUGGGGAGCCCGCUCGCCGGGAGCCCUGUGCACCCCGAGCUACCGCCGAGCCUCCCGGCAACGCCGCAGGAUCCUGUGAAGCGGCGGGGACGGAAACCCGGAUCCUGCUCCACGGUCAGCCACGUGCAGGCCGAGCGGCAGCGCCGCAACAAACUGAACCGUCGAUUUUGUGACCUCCGCGCUGCCGUCCCCACCGUGUCCCGCAUGGACAAGGCAUCACUCCUCUCCGACGCCACCAUCUACAUCACGGAGCUGCGCUCCCGCUUGGAGCGCCUCGAGGAGGCCAAAAAGGCACUGGAGCAGAGCUCCGCGGCCGCUUCUCGCGAUGGACUAGCUGCCGAAUUCGUACAGGUGGAUGAAACGGUAGACAUGCAGAUGGUGGGGCGUGAUGCAGCCGUGGUGCGUGUGACCACCGCGGUGAGCCACGCGCCCGCGCGGCUGAUGGGCGCGCUCCGGUCGCUGGACCUGCAGGUGCAGCAUGCCUGCGUUAGCCGCGUGCACGGCGUGACCCGGCAGAGCGUUCUCGUUGACGUGCCAACCUCGAUGCAGGAUGAGGACAGUCUCCGCUCGGCUGUGCUCCAGACGCUGCAGGAUAGCGCCUAG